AUGCCGCUGGUGGAGCCCUAUACGACGCAGCAGCUGGAGCGGGUGAAGCUCCGAAGGAGCCUCCAUGCUCCAGCGGAAGCCAGGAAGAGCAAGCUGCCCACCCAGGCCUACCUCCGCGCCGCGGAGUUCGGGGACCUCACCGGGCUUCGGGGCUUGGCGCUGGAGGCGGAGGCGGAGCUGGCGGGACGGCGCUGCAAGAACUUUUUGGGCUGCGACCCGCACUUUCUGGUGGACUCUGCCAACCACCUCAGCUGCGCUGAGCGCAAGAAUUUGAAGUACCAAUUCACGGAGCUCCCGGAGCUUAUCAAUGCUGUAGGUAGCGUGAAGGCGCUGCCACCGAUGCUUGGCCGGUCUGCCAGCAAGCCCCUUGCGGAUGAGGCGGAUCGCACGAAGGUCCGCGCUGUCACCCCAGCUCUGGCGAAGACAUCGGGCAUCAGCGGGCGCUUGGCGCGCUCAGAGAACAACCUCACGCGGCUGGCGAGCACUUUGCAGGCGCGGAGCCACGUGAUGGAGGCGGCCAAGUCCCAGCCGCAGCUGCUCUGGGAGCAGGCCCGACUGGGGGAGCAGGCGCUGCCUGCACUCGCGCGGGUGUUGAAGAGCGAGCGCCUCGCGGUGAAGGCCACCAAGAUGAGGCCUGAGCUGCUGAGAUACACUGAGUCCCAGAUCCGGAAGAUCAUGCCCACGUUGGUGUCGCUCUGCGGUGGCGCACAGGAAGCCGCGUACGCCAUCAGUGCGCGCCCGGAACUGCUGGAGAUCGAGGGCGCCCAUGUGCUACGAGACUCCUUGCAGGCGGUGUCCAGCUUCUUCGGGAACCUGAAGGAUGCUUUGUACAUGUUGGGCCAAACCACGGCGCCGCCCUCCCUGCGGGUCGUGGCACGGCAGUUCUGCCGGGAGUUCAUGGUGGGCCAAUAUUUCUUGGUGGAGGGUGCGCAGGUAGACGACCGGCCAGUGUGGCGCAAGCCUGCGGUGGCCAUGAGGCACCUGGGCUCCAAGGCCACAGACGUGUACCUAAUCUACUGCCAGAAGGGCGUGGUUGGCUCCGACACCAUGAAGCCGUGCUGGACCUUCACUACAAACUACACCCCUGCACUCAAGAAGUACGACUAUUGCGACCCGUCCAUUUUGGGCUGGGCGGAGACCAGCGUGAAGUCCCCGGACCAGACGGAGCCGGGGGAUUGGCACUUCCCAGAGGAAAAGCACAAGACGCAGGUCCCAGGCCUUUGGCCGGCGGACCGCUACGUGGCCUGCCAGGGCCACCAAGGCGCAUGGGGCCCCUGGCUCUGUGCCACGGAUAGCAUGGAGAUGCGGCGCGGCUUCGACCACCUGCGGAUGGCUCUGGGCCUGGCGUGGUUGCAGCCAGAAGCCGAAACGGAAGGCGCCGCCCGCGGCCCAUGUCUAUUGGGCCACCUGGUGAAGAACGACCCCGUCUUCCAGGGCUCCAAAACGUUGAGCUUCCUGGAUCUCGCGGAUUUCGCGCACAUCCGGAGGUGGCAGUUCCUGCAGCUACCGGCGGACACAUCGACGGGCAAGCUAAAGAUGAUCGCGUGGGAGCCCAUUGAGGUGUGCAUGCUCUUCUUGGCAGAGGAUGCAGAGUCGGAGCGCGAUCUGCAGAGGGCAGACUUCCGCAUCAUGCCCGAGGGCGCGGCCAAGAGCCUGCCAAAGCUGAAGGGGGCUGAGGUGCAGCCUUCAGUUUGGGCGCGCACGUUUCAGAGCGGGCCCUUCGAGUUGCCGGUGCCUGCGGGGAAGACGCCGCCUUUAGUGUUCAUCCACAGCAAGAUCUCCGCCCACGUGCAGGGCACUCGGCCCUGCCAAAUGGCCAAGCUGCAAGCCGGGGAGGAGGUAUAUCUGCCCGAGCCAGAAGAGGACGCGCCUGAGGCGCUGGAUGUGACGUUGCUUCCGAAGCCAAAGCCUGUGAUGUUCCAGCUGGUGUCUCCUGGGGAGCUGGGCUACACGGGCUACUCCUUGUUCAAAGGCCCGCCCUGCGCUCAGCUCUGCGAGCAGUCGGAGGUGCAGAUGCGGAUUGAGUCCAUGGAGCGCUUGUCCGUGGCCAUGCUCCUCUUCCCGCGGCCUUCCGAAGGCCUGGAGGCUGAGCCUUUGGCUCCCCCGCCGGGGAAUGCGGCAUCGCGGGCCAACUCCAAGACCGGCUCCAAGAACCCGGCGGCCUCCAACCCGAGCUCUGCGCCGAGAAGUGUUCAGGUGUCAAAGGUGGAGUGUGCAGAGCCUCCCUGCUGGAUCCGCGAAGAUGGCUGGGCGGUUCAGCCACAAAAGGUGGCCACCUCGGUGCAGACGGAGGCGGGGCUGAAGGUGACGUGCACCCACCUCUACACCAACACCCUGGAGCCGGGGAAUGCGCUGGAGGUGCCCGGGUGCGGCGCCUCCUUCUUUUGCCUCUUCCUCUUCAAGCAGCUGAGCCCUGAAAGGCCCGACACCUUGCGCCAGCUGCUGCUCAGAGAGCCGGCCCUGUUGACCAAAGACCGGCAGGUGGACAGCCUGGUGCGGCAACUGCGGCAGGACUUGGGCGACUCCUUGGCGCGCGCGGCUCUGACUCAGAAGCUCGACGAGUGGCCGAAGCUCUGCCAAACAGCCACAGACUCGGAGCUCGCGAGAUGGGUUUACGACCAGAAGGUUGCGGCGCUGGGGCAAGAGGUGGGCUGUGCUCGCGAGAUCCUGGGCCGUUUGGGAGAGAGGCCAGUGGCGGCGCCGCUGUUGCUGGACCGUUGCCAAGCGCUGAGGAAGAUUUGCGAAUCUCGAUCACUGGACCAAGUCUUGCAAGAGCUCCCGGAGCUCUUGACAGUGGAGUCCAAUAGUUUGCUUGGGAGCUUUGAGACGCUGCAAAGCCACUUGGGCCAAAGCGACGCGCUGGCCAGCGCAGAGGCGCACCUGCGGCUUUUGAUGCUUCAAGAUCAGCUGGGUCACUUCUUCUCCAUCUUGCUGGAGACCUUUUCCGGCGCCGACUUACGAGAGUUGCACGACAAGGCAACGCGAGAGUGGGUGAAGUGGCCCAGCAUUGUGGAGAGAAGCGACCACGAGAUUCACAGCUGGCGAGGCCGCCUGGCAGCGCUGUUUCGACACGGCAAAAGCGCCGCGCGGGUCCAAAACUUCGGGGCGGCGCCGUAUGGCACCGCCGCGCUGGCGCAGGCGGCAGGUGAAAUCCCCGAGAUUCCGCCUCUGCUGGUCUGA